AUGGCAUACACUGCUUUAGGCAGGAUUCGCGUUCAGAUAUUAGUAUUUUUAAUGCUGUUUUCAUUUUAUUGUCAAGCUAGCGUUAAAAUUCAUAGCCCAUCAGAUGCAUUUACUAGAGGCCAUAUGAAACCAUUGGGAUCUCAUGGAGCUCUAACACCGAUCCCUGAAUUGAAAUCGAUGCCUACUCCAGAUAUAUUCUAUGCCCUUUAUUCAAAGCCUGGUAAGCCUGUGGUUCUUCGUAAUGCAGCCAGAGCAAUUCCAGCUUUUGAUUUAUGGACGGAUGAAUAUUUAACUGAGAAAUUUGGCAAGAUUAAAGUUCUGGUUGAAGAAGGAAAGAAAGAGAAUAGAUCCAAAGGCAACUUUAUGACCAGUAUAAGGAGGUUUAUUAAGACAUAUAAAACGGAAGAUUUGUAUGUUGUCCAUACAAUUCCAAUGGCAAUGCGAGAGGAUAUUAGAUUGCUGCCUUGCGUUUCUUGCGGUGGGUUUGCUGAGAAAUUGCUUGAUAUUGUCAUGUGGUUUAGCAGCGGUGGCACCAAAUCAGUUCUACAUAACGAUGGAUCGGACAAUUUGAACUGUUUAUUUCGCGGAUUUAAGGAGUUUAUCUUGGUUGAUAGGGAUACUGACUAUAGCGGCAUCGUAGAUAAUAAUGGAUUUAGCAAUAUGGAUGUUGACAAAGUUGAUCUCAAUACAUAUUCAGAUCUACUAAAAAUAGAAUUAUAUAAAACUACACUGUCGGCUGGUGACUGCAUUUUCAUACCUCAUUACUGGCUUCAUCAUGUUCGAUCGUACGGUAGUAACUUGGCUGUAAAUAUGUGGUGGACUCCUCUAACAAGAUUUAAUCGAACUACUUGCAAGAAUAAUAACGAUAACACCUACUUAAAAGCAGUCGAUUACGAGUUUGCAACAUACGAAGUAUUAAGGAAGCAAAUCCUUGAUGCAAUGUUACUGCGAAAAAUGGCUAGCAAGCAAAAAUUCAGAAAAAUUCUAUUGGAUUGUGAAGUUGGCGAGAUAAAAUUUAUCGAUGUUUUUUCUGCUUUUGAUAAGGAUAAAAAUGGCAAGAUAUCAAUUAAUGAGGUGCACGAACUACCUUACGGGCAAUUUUCUAAACUUUUCCCUAACUGGCAUUACCAGACCGAAGAGUCUAACGAAAUGGAACCUGAUCGCGACGAAUUGUAA